UUUUCGCUCUCCACACUCGCGCGGCCCAUCGUCCUCUACCGCUCGUGGGCUGUCACUGGGAUUUUAAACUGGUACACGCGACCAUCAACGGGACAAGAAACAUUUACGACAGAAAACUCACUGAGAAUAAACGUUCCUCGAAGAAAUAAGAAUUCCAGAAUAAUUUACAUUUUCUGCAGGUGCAGUUUUUAUCUUUGAGUUGACGGAUCGCGGAGAGUCUGCAUUUCUACAGGUAAACUAUGACCAGGUGGAUUGUAUUACUUUGUGUUUGUCUGUCCGUCACCUCGGCAACAUUCAACAAUGAUCAGCAAAUCAGCAGCUAUGAGGAGCACUCCUUUCUGGACCCUGAGGACACACUGAGUGUGAGCGUCCCCCUGGAGCUGCCUCAGCGCCCUCUACUGGGCAGCACCUUGGUACUACCCUGUUACUUCCAGGACCACACCGUCCACGAUCCCGGCGCCCCCACCAUUGCCCCCCUGUCCCACCGCAUCAAAUGGAGCCGCAUCACCAAGGAGCGUGUCUCUGUCAUCCUGGUGGCCAUGGACGGAGAGGUCAAGGUGGAGGAGGACUAUCUGGACCGGGUCCACAUGGUGGGCUACCCACAGACCCCCACUGACGCCAGCAUCAAGAUUACAGAGUUGAGGUCCAACGACACCGGCACCUACCGAUGUGAGGUCCAGCACGGCAUCGAGGACAACCAUGACACUGUGGACAUCCUGGUUCAAGGUAUCGUGUUUCACUACCGGGCCAUCACGACACGCUACACUCUGACCUUUGAGAAGGCCAAGGCAGCCUGUAUCCAGAACAGUGCUGUGAUCGCGACCCCAGAGCAGCUCCAGGCCGCGUACGAUGACGGCUUCCACCAGUGUGAUGCCGGCUGGCUCUCUGACCAGACUGUCAGGUACCCAAUCCAUGAUCCACGUGAGAAUUGCUAUGGCGACAAAGACGAGUUCCCCGGGGUGCGAACCUACGGAGUGAGAGAUGUCAACGAGACUUACGACGUGUACUGUUUUGCCGAGAAGAUGACAGGCAGUGUGUUCUACUCUGGCUCUAUGGCUAAGUUCACCUACUCUGAGGCUGAGGAACAGUGUAGUAAGCAGGGGGCCCUGUUGGCCACCACAGGACAGCUGUACCUGGCCUGGCAGGCUGGUCUGGAUGUGUGCAAUGCAGGCUGGCUAGGAGACAGGAGCGUCCGCUACCCCAUUAAUAUCCGGAGGCCGCAGUGCGGAGGGGGUCUGCUGGGGGUACGGACCGUGUACCUCCACGUCAACCAGACGGGGUACCCCCUCCCCGAAUCCCGCUAUGAUGCCUACUGCUACACAGAAACGGACGAGGAGGGCUCAGGCAUGGUGGUGCCCACCGAGGCGGGCAGCGGCGUGCUGAGCGUUGCCACGGUGACCCAGGGUCCUCCCGAGGUGUUCUUCAGGAACAUGACCACAGAGAGCGAGGCGCUGGGCGAGGGCCUGGCCACCCAGAAACCCACUAGCGUGGACUUCACCUUCGGCACUGAGUUGCCCCUGCCACAGCCGCCCAGUGUCACCGAGCUGCCACAGCCGCCCAGUGUCACCGAGCUGCCACAGCCGCCCAGUGUCACCGAGCUGCCCCUACCACAGCCGCCCAGUGUCACCGAGCUGCCCCUACCACAGCCGCCCAGUGUCACCGAGCUGCCCCUACCACAGCCGCCCAGUGGGACAGAGUUGGUUGUGGAUGUGGUGGGGAGAGUAACGGCCAGGCCGGAUGUGGGGAGUGAGAUCGGCGAAGUGAGCAGAUCAGGAUAUUUAUUUUCUGCUACAGGCGUGGUGUUUCACUACCGUGCUGGAUCUAGUCGCUACGCCUUCACCUUCGUGGAGGCCCAGCUGGCCUGUCAGAGUGUUGGAGCCUCCAUCGCCACCCCAGAGCAGCUCCAGGCUGCCUAUGAGGCCGGCUACAACCAGUGUGAUGCAGGCUGGCUUCUGGAUCAGACCGUCAGGUAUCCCAUCGUGUCUCCUCUGGAGAAGUGCUCUGGGGAUCUGGAGACUUUACCAGGAGUGAGGACCUAUGGACUGAGGCCCGCUGACGAACACUACGAUGUGUACUGCUACGUGGACAGACUUAGGGGUGAUGUGUUCCAUGCUGGCUCCAGUGAGGGCUUCACCUAUGACGGUGCUCUGGCUCACUGUCAGGAGCUGAACGCUACCCUGGCCUCUACUGGCCAGCUCUACGCCGCCUGGAGACAAGGCUUGGAUAAGUGCCGCGCAGGUUGGCUAAUCGACCGGAGUGUCCGGUACCCCAUCACCAACCCCCGGGCGGCGUGUGGUGCAGGGAAGGCAGGGGUGUACACAGUAUACACCCACAACAACCAGACGGGAUACCCAGACCUGUAUUCCAGAUAUGACGCCUACUGCUUCAAAGUGGACAUCUUGUUUGUCGCCAAUGAAACUGGAUUGAACAUCACAGAGAUAGAAGAGGCUUUGGUUAACCUCACAUCCAUCACUGAUUUGCUGAGGCCUGUCCUGCCUUCCAUCACUCCUCCCAUCUCUGUGGAGUCCUCAGGCUCUGGUUCCGGGGCCUCUGGGGCGAGUGGAUCCUCCGGAGAUCUCUCUGGUGAUCACUCCGGUGAACUGCCUCAUUCCGGGGAUCUGUCCGGGUCAGGUGAUCUUUCAGGCAGCGGAAGCGCAGAGAUUCCCAGCGGAUCAUCUGGUCUGAGUAGUGGAGAUGCGUCCGGCUCGGGGCUGAGUGGAGACGGAUCAGGAAUAACGGUCACUUCAGGGAGGGGCAGUGUUUUAUCCGGUUUGGGCUCUGGGGGUCCUCAGGAGGCUGGAGAGGGAAUAACGGUCACCUUCUCUUCAGGGAGUGGCAGCGUUUUAUCCGGUUUGGGCUCUGGGGGUCCUCAGGAGGCUGGAGAGGGAAUAACGGUCACCUUCUCUUCAGGGAGUGGCAGCGUUUUAUCCGGUUUGGGCUCUGGGGGUCCUCAGGAGGCUGGAGAGGGAAUCACUGGGAUCCUCACCUUCCCCACGGAAAUGGGAUUGGGAAUGUUCAGUGGCAGUGGGUUCCUGUCGGGAUCGGGAAGUGGCUCCGGUGUCAGUUCUGAGGAGAGCGGCUCUUCGUCUGACAGCUCCAGCAGCUCUGGGGAAAGUGGGGAGUUGUCUGGAAUGUCGUCCGGCUCCAGCUCUAGUUCCAGUGAGGAGUUUUCUGGAUUUCCCUCAGGAUUCUUUCCCUCAGGAGGCUCCAGUGGUCAUUCGGGAGAGGAGUCGGGAAGCGGAGACACUCAGGUCCUGCUGAUCGAUGGUAAACUGGUGGAGGUUUCCACCUCUCACACACACAAAGAGAAGGAGCUGGGUGGAGGGGGCCUGGAAUUCAGCGGCUCCGGAUCUGGCAGCAGUGGCUCAGGGUUCUUCCCGGGUGUGACCUUCUUGGGGUCAGGGUUUACCGACCUCACAGGGUCAGCCUCAGGGGAACAGGAGGCCUCGGGGUCUCUCCACUACGGCUCCGGAAGUGGUGAUAUCAGCGGUUCGGCCUCGGGCAGCAGCGGCUCAGGGUUCUUCCCGAGUGUGACCUUCUUGGGGUCAGGGUUUACCGACCUCACAGGGUCAGCCUCAGGGGAACAGGAGGCCUCGGGGUCUCUCCACUACGGCUCCGGAAGUGGUGAUAUCAGCGGUUCGGCCUCGGGCAGCAGCGGCUCAGGGUUCUUCCCGGGUGUGACCUUCUUGGGGUCAGGGUUUACUGACCUUACUGGGUCAGCCUCAGGGGAACAGGAGGCCUCGGGGUCUCUCCACUACGGCUCCGGAAGUGGUGAUAUCAGCAGUUCGGACUCAGGCAGCAAUGGCUCAGGGUUCUUCCCGAGUGUGACCUUCUUGGGGUCAGGGUUUACCGACCUCACGGGGUCAGCCUCAGGAGAACAGGAGGCCUCGGGGUCUCUCCAUUACAGCUCCGGAAGUGGUGAUAUCAGCGGUUCGGCCUCGGGCAGCAGCGGCUCAGGGUUCUUCCCGAGUGUGACCUUCUUGGGGUCAGGUUUUACUGACCUUACGGGGUCAGCCUCAGGGGAACAGGAGGCCUCGGGGUCUCUCCACUACGGCUCCAGAAGUGGUGAUAACAGCGGUUCAGACUCGGGCAGCAGUGGCUCAGGGUCCUUCCCGGGUGUGACCUUCUUGGGGUCAGGGUUUACUCACCUCACAGGGUCAGCCUCAGGGGAACAGGAGGCCUCGGGGUCUCUCCACUACGGAUACGGAGCGGGAAGAGGUGGAUACGCAUCAGGGUUCGGAACGUCGGGCUUCUCAUCCGGGGACAUGUCUGGAAUCUCCAGAUCCUCCACCAGCGAUGAGGAGGACAGCGCUGUCACCUUCCUGACUAAUGACUUCAUGACAGAGGUUUCCAAGGCGACCACGGUUUCCAUGGAGCUGGGGGCUGGGCCAGUGCAGUUCAGCGGGCAGGGAAGUGGGUCCCACACAUGGAGCGGUGCUGACCACCCAACCCAGGCCAGCGGUGUCUCAUCUGGGGCACACUCUGGAGAUCUGCUCCCUAUGGUGCUGUCCUCUCCGCCCAGCAACAGGGAGUUUAUGGAGGGCACAGAAGGGCCAGAGGAGGCCAUGGCUGAGCUGGGGGAGACCACCAGCGAGUUUUACGUGACCUUUGCCCCCGACCUUGCUCCUGCCGGAUUGGCUGCCCCAGCCAUCUCCCUGCAGACCCCUGCCGUCAUGGAGAAGCCAUCCUCAGAGGAGGGUAUCCCUAACCCAUGUGACCCUAAUCCGUGUGGUGCUGGGUCAUGCUCAGUGGAGGAUGGUGUUGGGUUGUGCCAGUGUCCGCCCGGGAAAGUGGGAGAAGGGUGCCAGUAUGAGGUUGAUGUGUGCCAUUCCAACCCUUGUGCCAAUGGAGCCACCUGUGUGGAAAAUGCAGAUUCUUACAAAUGCUUAUGCCUGCCCAGCUACGGAGGGGACCACUGCGAGAUUGACGAGCAGGAUUGUGAGGAGGGGUGGACUAAGUUUCAGGGCAACUGUUACCUGCACUUCCCUGAGAGAGAGACCUGGCUGCAGGCCGAGCAGCGCUGCCGAGACCUCAGCGCUCACCUGGUCAGCAUCAUCACCCCAGAGGAACAGCACUUUGUCAACUCCAACGGCCAGGACUACCAGUGGAUUGGGCUCAAUGACAAGACAGUGGAGAAUGACUUCCGCUGGAUAGACGGCACACCACUGCAAUUUGAGAACUGGCGGCCGAACCAGCCGGAUAACUACUUUAACUCUGGAGAAGACUGUGUGGUGAUGAUCUGGCACGAGAACGGCCAAUGGAACGACGUUCCCUGCAACUACCACCUGCCCUUCACCUGCAAGACUGGCCCAGUCUACUGUGGCGCACCGCCAGAGGUGGAGAAUGCCAAGAUGUUCGGCAGCAGGCGGGAGCAGUAUACUGUGGGGUCCAUCAUCCGCUACCAGUGUAACCCAGGCCUCCUACAGCGCCACCUGCCUGUGGUGCACUGCAUGGCAGACGGACAGUGGGAGAAGCCACAGGUGGAAUGCCUGGGCGCAGUGCCCUCCCCCAGUAACAGAAUACAGCGCAGAUCGAUCAGAAGGCGAGGAGAAUCAACCAGUAGCAAACGUCACUAAGCAGGGAAGAUUAAGGGAGAUCUCUUGAAGAUAAUUAUUUUAUAAGAACAUUUACAGAACACAGAAGCCAUUUUCUAACUUACUAACGAGGUUUGAAUGUUUGAAGUACCCAUCUUGUACAUAAGACCAAAUCAACUUAGAGCAAUAACAUUGUCUUUUCAGUUUGUCACUCUCUGACUAUUUAAAAAAAAAAGUAUAAAUUAAGCCAUUAUGUAAUUGUAUGUUUUUGUCAUUCUUGUCCCAAAAUAAUGACAUGUGUUCAUUAUAUAUAAGAGUUGUUUAUUGUUUGGAGUUUUAUUGUUAUUAUUAAUAUAAUUUUUGGUUUUGGUGGAUUGUGAUGCCGUUGAUAAGGCGUGAGUUGUUGUUAAAAUACUUUGUCCAUGUCGCCAACUAGACUGGAUUAUGGGAGUCACGGUGUAGGGUGAAGUUUCCGCUAGACACUGAUCUUGGGUCAGUUUUACUUUUCCUCCACUAAUGGUUAAGAUUAGGGUUGGUGGAGGGGAAGCUGAUCCUAACUCUGUACCUAGGGGAAACUUCACCCCGGAGCAUGUACUCAUAGACGGUGCAUCAAUCAGACUCUCUAGUCUGUUCUAGAUCUUUGCCAAACCAGACAGUGUGUGUUAGACUGUACCACCCAGAGGUAAACACCCAAUCUGGCCAGCUGGUAUUUAGUGGGGGUUUGGCACGUUGCUAUGAGCCAAGCAGAGGCUUGGUGAAAUUCACCCAUGAGGAGAUACUAGACAGUCAGAAGUAUGUUUGUAUUCUGGAGGUGCCUACGUAAUAUACACUCACUAUGGGAGAUGCAUAUAGGUCUAAUAAUCCAUGAAGGACUGUGAAUUUGAUAGAAAAAGUAUAUUGAGUUACUUUUGAGCGCUGUUAGCCUAGCAAUGUUAGCCUAGCAAUGUUAGCAUAGCAAUGUUAGCCUAGCAAUGUUAGCAUAGCAAUGUUAGCCUAGCAAUGUCCGGUUGUAGCAAUGAUAAGCAAGAUGAAGUAAAGGGGAUGAGAUCUUGUGCAUGUAUCCACCAAACAAGCAUUUAUGAGUCACCAAAUUCUCACCUAUCUUUAAAAUAGUAGAUGCUAAAGGGGAAAACAAUAUCUAUAAUUGUCAGAUGUCUUCAUACAUCAAAAGUGGUGUUGUGUCAAACCGAGAAAUCUUUUACGCUUCAAUGAAUAAAAAUGUCUGACGAGUUUUGAUUUUGGGGUGAACGAUCGCUUUCACCUUUUACUGCAGUGGGCUAAAUCAGAGUCACAUAAAUCUACUUUGAAACAAAAGUAUCCACCUCACACACAUGGUUAUGGGCUUAAAAGAAAUAAGACACAUGUACCAUGUCACAUAUAGAGUUGAAAUGUAUUAAAUGUUGAGUUUGAAUCCCAAUAUUACACUUUAUAUACAUCACAGAAAACUGAAAUAUAACAAAACCGUUUGACAUAGAAAAAACAGAUUUGUUCAAUAUAAUGCUUAUUAAUUAAUGAAAUUAUGAAAAAUAUGAAUAACAUUCCACCCAUGAGGCCACUAGGUCAUUUGACUGCAGGAAAGGGCUAUGGGAGGGGAUAAUAAGGGAGAUAUUAUUUAUUUAAUCUCUAAGUCAUAAAGAGAAAGCUAGCGAAGCCGACACAGCAGGCUACUGUGUCCGUCUGUAUUUCAAACCUACAUCAUUUGUUUAGAGCAGAAGGGAGACAGAGUGCCUGAUGUGAAUAAUACACAGCAAUGCUAGAAUCUCUGCCUGCCACACUGGAGAGGCAACAUCAUGCAAUCUACUGAGGCUGCCCUAAAAUAAGAGUGAAAGAGAACUCAACUUCUCAAAUAAAAGAGAGAGGACUCAACUUCUCAAAUAAGAGAGAGAGGACUCAACUUCUCAAAUAAGAGAGAGAGGACUCAACUUCUCAAAUAAGAGAGAGAGAACUCAACUUCUCAAAUAAAAGAGAGAGGACUCAACUUCUCAAAUAAGAGAGAGAGGACUCAACUUCUCAAAUAAGAGAGAGAGAACUCAACUUCUCAAAUAAGAGAGAGAGAACUCAACUUCUCAAAUAAGAGGGAGAGAACUCAACUUCUCAAAUAAGAGAGAGAGGACUCAACUUCUCAAAUAAAAGAGAGAGGACUCAACUUCUCAAAUAAGAGAGAGAGGACUCAACUUCUCAAAUAAGAGAGAGAGGACUCAACUUCUCAAAUAAAAGAGAGAGGACUCAACUUCUC